GUGGGUGGGUUGGUGGGGUGGCCUAUGCUAUGGUGAGCUGCUCCCUGCCGUGCUGCUCGUGCUCAGGCUCUGAGGGACUCUGUGCGGCCCGGGACAAAGGAUAGUCCCCGGGCAGAAGGGCUAGGAAGAGGAGGAGGAGGAGGAGGCGGCUUAGGCCGCAGGACUCUUACCUUUUUCCCGCCACGGGUGUUGCCGUGUGUGUGUCGUCAUCGUGACCUCCAGCCAUAGCCAUGGUGAAGCUGGCCAACCCAAUGUACACCACCUGGAUCCUGGAGGCCAUCAAGAAGGUAAAGAAGCAGAAGCAGCGGCCGUCGGAGGAGAGGAUAUGCAACGCUGUGUCCAUGACCCACAGGCUGGACCGCAAGACUGUGCUGGAACAGCUGGAGCUCAGUGUCAAGGAUGGAACUAUCCUCAAAGUGUCUAACAAGGGGCUCAACUCCUACAAGGACCCAGAGAAUCCCGGCCGCUUGGCCUUCCCCAAGCCCCGCCUGGGCAGCGGUGGAGGGGGAGGUCAUCAUGUGCAUGGGGACCAUGGGGGGAGCCACCAUCAUUCUGGGAAGAAGCCAGGACUGGACUGGAACAAGCUGAUCAAGCGUUCCCUAGAGGGGCUUCAUGAGCUAGGCGGCUCCACCCUAAAGAGUGUUGAGCGCUUCCUCAAGUGCCAGGGUGACGUGGCGGCCUACCUGUCUGGCAGCGGCUCCAUGGGGCCCGCGCUGUUCCACCAGCAGCUGAGGGUUGCGCUGAAGCGGGCGUGUGCCCACGGUAGGGUGGCCAAGAACGGGCCGCUGUUCCGCCUCGUCAGUCGCAGCUCCCAGUCAGAUGGGACGGGCACUGUGGUGCUGGACUCCCUGCCGCCCGUCCGUCUCCUGCCACACGAGAAGGACAAGCCUGUGGCAGAGCCCAUCCCUAUCUGCAGCUUCUGCCUGGGGACCAAGGAGUCGAACCGCGACAAGAAGCCAGAGGAGCUCAUCUCCUGUGCAGACUGUGGCAACAGCGGCCACCCGUCGUGUCUAAAGUUCUCACCAGAGCUCACUGUGCGAGUCAAAGCUCUGUGGUGGCAGUGCAUUGAAUGCAAGACCUGCAGCAACUGUCAGGAUCAAGGCAAAAACGCGGAGAACAUGUUGUUCUGUGACUCCUGUGACCGGGGCUUCCACAUGGAGUGCUGUGACCCCCCACUGAUGCGGAUGCCAAAAGGCAUGUGGAUCUGUCAGAUCUGUCAGCCCAGGAAAAAGGGAAGAAAGCUCUUACAUGAAAAGGCAGCACAAAUCAAACGGCGCUACAACGCACCACUGGGACGAUCCAAGAACAGACCAGGCCGGCCAUUCAAGAAGCUGCGUGGGCCAGGUGGGCGAGGCCGGCGGAAGGGGGACCGUCGCUCGCAGGGUUCCUCCUCCCCGCACUCGUCGUCCAGCUCGUCCUGCGAGGGUUACCCUGGCGACGAUCGGCUGCUGUUCUCCCUGCGGGAGGACUCGUCGGAGCAGGGUGGCCUGCGCUUCAACAAGAAGACGAAGGGCCUGAUUGAUGCCCUCACCAAGUUCUUCACACCCUCGCCCGACGGACGCAAGGCCCGGCACGAGGUGGACUACUCCCAGCAAUACCGCAUCCGCAAGAAGGCCAUACGCAAGGGAGAGGGGGACGACAGGACAGACAAUCAGGACAGUAGUGACUGGCGCGAGGAUGAGGACAAGCUGCCAGGACAUGAGAACCUGACAGAGAAAGAUGUGGAACUCUUCAGACGCAUCCAGGAGCUGGCACUACAGAAAGUUGGGGUGACCGGCCCUCCAGAUCCUCAAAUGCGUUGCCCGUCUGUCAUCGAGUUUGGCAAGUUUGAGAUCCAGACUUGGUACUCCUCUCCAUACCCGCAAGAGUACAGCAGACUGCCUAAGCUCUACCUGUGUGAGUUCUGCCUGCGCUACAUGAAGAGUCGCAGCAUCCUCUUCCAGCACAUGAGAAAGUGUGCUUGGUUCCACCCUCCAGCCAAUGAGAUCUACAGGAAGGACGGCGUCUCCGUGUUCGAGGUGGAUGGGAACGUGAGCACAAUCUACUGUCAGAACCUGUGUCUGUUGGCCAAGCUGUUCCUGGACCACAAGACGCUGUACUACGACGUGGAGCCCUUCCUCUUCUACGUCCUCACACAGAACGACAGCAAGGGCUGCCACCUGGUGGGCUACUUCUCCAAGGAGAAACACUGUCAACAGAAGUACAACGUGUCCUGCAUCAUGAUUCUUCCCCAGUACCAGCGCAAGGGCUACGGCCGCUUCCUCAUCGACUUCAGCUACCUGCUGUCCAAGCGGGAGGGCCAGCCUGGCUCCCCAGAGAAGCCCCUGUCAGACCUGGGUCGUCUGUCCUACAUGGCCUACUGGCGCAGUGUGGUGCUGGAGUGUCUCCAUGAGGUCCGCGACCGCCAGCUCUCCAUCCGACGCCUCAGCAAGAUCACAGGCAUCUGUCCGCAGGACAUCACCGCUUCGCUGCACCACCUCAACAUGCUGGAGCAGAGAGGGGAGCGGCUAGUCCUGGUGCGUAAGGAGAGGCUGGUUUCCACCCACAUGGCUCGUCUCACUGCCAGGCCCCGGCUGCUAGAGGUGGACCCUGACUGUCUCCGCUGGACCCCCGUCAUCGUCAUCAACACUGUGGUGUCAGAGGAAGAGGAGGGAGAGGAGGAAGAGGGGGAGGAGGACAUCUGCAAGGAGAUCAAGCCUAGCCACAAGGUGUCUCCAUUCUCCUGGCUCGUCCGAGGAGGAGAGGAAGAGGAGGAGAGAAAGUGCUUCCCAGGGUUCCCCACCAGCCAAAGCUCUCCGGCCUCCUCCCCAGUCCGCUGCCCUCUGCCCAUCCCCGAUCACCGGCCCCCUCCCUCCGCCAACGGAGAGCGCCGGGGCAGGGGCCGCCCGCCCAAGAAUUGGCCCUGGGGCAAGGUGAAGGAUGGGCCGCGGGCCGAGAGGCGGCCAGGCCCGGGACGACCCCCAAAGAUCCGGGUGGAGAUGCAGGAUGAUGAUGAUGAUGAUGAUGAUGACAGGGCUGAGGGCACUAAAGCUAGCCCCUCUUUUGGCAGCAGCCCACCCUCCCUCUUCUCCUCAGACAGGCAGCAGGCUGAUUCUAUAGGCACCAUCAGGCCCCUAGAGAUGCUUGGCAGGCAAUCUGUUGUUCCACCCCCACGUAGCAGAGGGAGACCUCCCAGGAAGAAGAGGGGCUCCAAGCGCAGGCUGAGUGAGGGGCCCGGGGAGGCCCUGCCCCAGUUGCCCCUAUCGCCCAGGCUCAGCGACCCACCGCCGGUCAGACGGAGCUGCUUCAGUGAAAGCAGCGAGGAAGAGGAGGAUGAUGAUGAUGACGAGGAGACGGGGGCUCACUCCCCACCCAUCCUCACAAAGCCCACCCUGGGGCUCAAAUGCAAGAAACCGUUGAGGAAGAGACGCAUGCAUCAGCGCAGCCACAGCAGCGUGGUGACCGAAACCAUCUCAGAGACCACCGAGGUGCUAGAUGAGCACUUUGUGGACUCCGACUCUGAGAGGCCCAUGCCCCGGCUGGAGGAGGAGACCCCCCUGAGGCGCUACCCCCCGGCCCGCUCCGCCCUCCGACACACAGACCCUACGCCCAAGAGGGGCAGACGAGCCAACCUCACAGAGUCUGAGGAGGACGAAUCCACUCCUGUUUUGAAGUCAGUUGCCUCCCUACGGAACCCAGAGCCCACGGCCUCCGCAGACACCCCGGCGGCCAACCCAGAGUCCCCCGUCAAGAAGAAAAAAGGCUGGCCCAAGGGCAAGCCCCGCAAGCCCCUGCACUUGAGGAAAUGGCCGGGCAGACCACCUGGCAGCGGGACUAACCAGAACGCAGGGGACACCAGCCUGACCACCUCGGGGGACCCUCCGCCCCCCAAGAUCAAGAUGAAGCCGGGCCGUAAACCCCAGAGCUGGUACCUACAGCGGGCCCAGGAGGAGGCCGAGAGGCAGGAGGCAGAGAGACAGAGGCUAGGUCUGGGAGGGGGGCAGCAGCUAGACAAGCCCCCCCAGCAGCUAGAGGACCGAGCCUGCAAGAGGGCCUCCAGAGCCACAGCUACCGACAACGACAAACGCAAAGACUCUGAUGAAGAGGACGACUACCACCCCAAGCCCGUAGAGCAGAAGAUCCCCAAGAGGCGGGGACGACCGCCCAAAAACCCAGCCCUGCAACAACAACCCGUCCCUAAGCCGUUCCCAGUCUCGGAGCCAGAGGAGGAAGAGGAGGAGGAGACAGAGAGGGGCUGGGUAGAGGACAAACCCAGCCGUCCACCGACCCGCUCCCUGCUCUCCCCGUCCUCUACCGGAGGCCCCAGUGCCCCCCAGCCCAGCAGGCCAGACACGGACAGAGACAUGGCCGACAGGGAGGAAGACGAGGAUGAGGAGUUUGCGAGCCUCGGCAGCAGCAGCAGGAGGACAGCAGCCAUGCCAUGCCCGGGGAGCAGACGCAGUGACGACCACGAUGCAGACGACGAAGGAGACGGACACCUGGAGGACAAGAGCAGCAGCAAGAAGAGGAAGAGCCAGGACUCUGAGGAAGAGGAAGAUGAAGAGGAGGAGGAAGAGCCUGCUUCCCCCGCCUGCUCUCCGCCCGUCAAAGAGGAACCCCAGGGCGGGGAAGGUUUUUUAGACAUGCAGGGAAGCGUGCAGGCCAGAGACUCCUACGUCAGCAAGCAGGAGGAGGACGAAGAGGAGGACGAAGAAGAGGCGGAGGAGGAGCUGCAGGAGGUGAAGUGCCGGCCGCUGGAUGCAGCACAGGACGAGAGGAGGCGGCGGCGAGAAGCGGAGGAGUCAGCAGCGGCGGCCGCGGCGGUGGAGACGGUGACAGCCAUCUCAGUCCCCUCCGAGCCCCUGGAGCUGCAGACUCUGCAACCCGAGGACAAGGCUGUCACGCUGCUGAUGGAUCCCCAGCACCCCCACCCACACCUGCAUCCCCACCAGCACCCCCACCAGCACCCCGACUCCUUCAAGGAGGAGCUGACCCACCACCACGGAUCCCAUCACAGCCAGCACCACCACAGCAACGAGCUGGACCUGGAGACGGUACAGGCGGUCCAGUCUCUGACCCAGGGAGAGGCCCAGGACGAGGAGCCAGAGAGCCACGCGGUCUCCCACGGAGCCUACCAGGACUGUGAGGAGACGCUGGCCGCCUGCCGCACCCUGCAGAGCUACAGCCACGCCGGGGAGGCCGAAGAGGAGGGAACCCACCUGUCCCUGGUUGAGGAGUGUGGAGCCUCCCAACAAAGCAGCCCCCUACCCCACACCAACCCCCCGAUACCCCCCUUACCCAGCCAGUCAGUCCGCUCCGUCAACAGCCCAGCAGGCAUGACCCCAGGAGGGGUGAUGGAGUCUGGGCUGGGGCAGCAGAGAGAGGGCACGCCAGGCCCUACUGGGGGAACGGGAGGAGGAGGAGGGGGGUACACCCAGAUCACCCCUGAGCACCCCAGCUCUCUGUCAGCCCCGUCCCAGCAGAACAUGGAGACCAGUCCCAUGAUGGACGUGCCGUCUGUGUCGGACCACUCCCAGCAGGUGGUGGACAGUGGAUUCAGUGACCUGGGCAGCAUCGAGAGCACCACAGAGAACUAUGACAAUCCCAGCAGCUACGACUCCACCAUGGGCAGCGGGGGCAACGGGGGAGGGAACAACAGCGGUAACCAUGCGGUGGUGGCUGCGGUCGCCUCGACCUCUUCCUCGUCGGCGGCGGGCUCUUCCUCUAACUCGGCCACGCCCUCCUCACAGGGCAACAGCUGCUCCUUUGUCCCGGCGCCCGGUCUCACGUCUCCCAGCGGUGCCGUGACAUCACAGCUCGCCAUGGGCAGCUGCAGCCUCAUCCAACAGACUGGGCCAGGGCCCAAUAAUGGUCUGGGAGCCAACAUGGGUGGCAACAACAGUGUGCCCCAGCCUCCGCCGCCACCCCGUCCACCGUCUGCCAACACCCACCAAGGCAUCAAGUCCCCUCAGAGCUUUGUUAAUGAGAGGCCGCCCAGCACCAGCCAGCAGUCCCAGAAAAAGGUGCAGCAGCCACCACAGCAGCAGCAGCAGGCUCCCAACCCCCAGCCCACAGCCCCUCCAAACCCCCACCCCCACCCUCCCCAGCAGCAGCAGCCCCUGUCCCAGUGCAGUAUGGGGAAUGGCUUUGGCUCUACAUCCAUGAUCAUGGAGAUCCCUGAGAGUGCCUCCCAGGGAGGGGGCCGCAGCCUGUACGAGCGGAUGGGCCAGGACUUUGGUGCAGGGGGUUACCCCCAGCCCUCGGCCACGUUCAGCCUGGCUAAGCUGCAGCAGCUCACCAACACCAUCAUGGACCCCCACGCCAUGCCCUACUCGCACUCGGCCUCCGUCACGUCCUACGCCACCAGUGUUUCUCUGUCUAACCCUGGUCUGGCCCAGCUCUCCCCCUCCCCACACCCUCCCUUAACCCAGGGCCAGGCCACCAUGACCCCCCCUCCCCAACUGAGCUCUGGCUCCAUGAACCUGGGCUCCCUGCAGCUGCAGUGCAACAUGCCCACCAGCAACAUCGGCCUUCCUCCCCCGCCUCACACCCAGCGGCUGCAGGGCCAGAUGGCCACAGUGAAGGGACACAUCUCCAUCCGCUCCAAGGCCCAGCUGGCCCCCGCUCCAUCCCCGCACCAGCAGCAGCUGUACGGCCGCAGCUCUGGGUCCGUGGCCAUGCAGGGCUCGCCCCGUACCCUGGCCGUGCAGCGCAGCAUGAUGCCCAACCUCAUGCCCACGCCGGCCGGCUACAACACCAUGAACAUGAACCAGCUGAACGCCAUGUCGGCCGGCUACCGCAUGCCACAGCCCAUGAUGAACAGCGGUUACCACGGGAACCCCCCUUACAUGAACCAGCCCGCCCAGUACCCCAUGCAGAUGCAGAUGGGCAUGAUGGGGGGGCAGGGGUACCCGCAGCAGCCUAUGCAGCCCAAUCACCACGGCAACAUGAUGUACACGGGCCCAACCCACCACAGCUACGCCGGCGUCCCCAAACAGUCGCCUUACAUGAGCAGAUGAGUAGAGCACCACAGAACAACGCCACAGCUCUAGAGAGAUGGGAGGGACACUCUGACCCGACACACUCUGAUGGAGAGAGGGACUCUGCUGUUGCCUCUCUUUACUGUAUUACUUGGUGUUGUAUCCACCCUCUCCAAAGCCAGAGCGAGCGUAAAGGGAGAGAGAGGGAAGACUGUUUUCAAUGUUUUGUAUGUGUCAUUUUGCUCCAUUCAGUUGGACUCAUC